AUGACCGGAGAAUCAAGAAGAUCGUCGGCUCAAGUCACCGCUCGCCCAAGAGCUACUCCAGCUGCAGCUCCGGCCUCACCGCCCGCAGACGCUGGCUCUCCGGCUCCUCGCCAGUGGACGUCCAUGCAGGAAGAACGCGCCCGCGCCCUCUUUGCCAAAUAUGGCCUCACUCUCGAACCAGGCGAAUGGAUCACCGGCCCUGCUACGGGCAUGACCUCCUCUCCGGCCGGUAUCAUCGCCAGCCAGCCUCCCCGUGAAGUCGAACGGAUCGAGAAGCCUAUCCGCAUGCGCGUCCGUCGUAACUGUCACCGCUGUCUGGCCACCUUUGGCGCCGACAAGGUGUGCGUCAAGUGCGAACACACCAGAUGCAAGAAGUGUUUCAGAUAUCCGCCAUCCAAGCCUGAGGCCGCUUCCGGACAUGCACAUACAUCCGAACCGAAAAAGGAACGUUCUCAUAAGAAGAUUGUCAACGUUGCUAGCGGCACUGCUGCCGGCGGUGGUACUACUCGCGACCGUGCAAGGGAGGAAGGGCGAAAGACCUGUACCGAAAAGGUCCUGUUGACCAUCCCCAGCCGGACGGGCGGUCAGGACCUGGUGCGCAAGCCCGUUCGUCAGCGUGUACGGCGAACAUGCCAUGUCUGCAAUACGCUGUUUGAUGGGAAUGCAACCGAGUGUCUGAACUGUCAGCACGUUCGAUGCAAGAAGUGUCCCAGAGACCCUGCGAAACUGGACAAAUAUCCUGACGGCUAUCCAGGCGAUGCAGAGCCCCCGUUUGAACCGCAGGAACGGGUCUGGAGGAAGCCUCGUCGGCGCGUACGCUGGACAUGCCAUGAAUGUUCGUCCAUGUUUACGGGCGGAGAGAAGAUAUGUCUGCAGUGCCAGCAUGAACGGUGCAGCGACUGCAUUCGGGACCCGCCUAAAAAGAUCAAGCCAGAGCCCGAUCCAGAGAUACUACGACGUGUGGAAGAGAAGCUGGCGCUUAUUGAUGUAUCUUCCUGA